AUAGCAUAUAUUUUUAAUUGAAUAUGAAUAUAUAUGAUUAAGGCAUGUAGCACGACGGUGGGCUUUUUCGGUAUUGCAUUCGUCAUCAUUUUCUUACUCAUACCUACUAUUUGGCGUUAUUCACCUUCAAUUCAAAAGAGUAUGAUAUUCCUGAAUCAUGACUAUAUGCCUAACGUACAGAAUUACAGUCAUCCGGAAGUCUAUGGUUUAGAUGGGACGAGAAACUUUUACAUUGAUACAAAAGACGGUGUUACGUUAGGAGUAUGGCAUUUAUUACCGCGAAAUUUGUUAGUGAAACACGUAGCAAAUGAAUCUUAUUACGAAGAACUUUUGAGUCAYGGCGAACCAAUUAUUAUAUACAUGCAUGGUAACUCUGGUGCCCGACCGAACAAGCAACGGAUAGAAUUGUAUCGCAAACUCCGGGAUAUCAACUGUCACGUGAUAGCCGUAGACUACAGAAGUUAUGCUGAUUCUACAGACGUCGAAAUCGAUGAGACCGGCUUAGUAUURGAUGCAAUGGAGACAUUUAAAUGGGUUUACAAACGCGCGCAUGGAUCUCCGAUUUUUGGUUGGGGACACUCUCUGGGCACUGGAAUUGGAGCACAUGCGUUUUCGUUAUUGGAAAAAGAAAACAUCUAUCCCAAUGGACUUAUUUUAGAAGCUCCUUUUAACAAAAUGAGUGAAGCAAUUAGAGAAUAUUCAACUACUGCGGUCCUUCGCUAUUUCCCUUGGUUCGAUUUUUUAAUUAUUGACCCAGUCAUUGAAAAUGGAAUUGUUUUUGAUACAGAACAAAACUUGAAAAAUGCGAAAGUUCCAGUGCUCAUAUUACAUGCUCGAGAUGACAUUAUAAUACCAUACCAGCUCAGUGAAAACUUGUAUAAUUACAUUACGGCAAGUCGGAAAAGUGAACUGACUGAACUUGUUUUAUACGAUGCUGAGUACGGAUUUGGACAUCAAUUUAUUUGUCGAGAUAAGGACAUUGAAAAAAAGAUUGAGAAAUUUAUACAGAAAUGUCUAAAAAUGACGUCUUGAUCGGUGAAAAUACAUAAUCUCUUCAAAAUUGCCAUCGAAUGUCGUGUAUAUACAUAGUAAUAUAAAGUAUAUUUUAUACAUUUUUAUGAGAUUAUUUACUAUAUUUUUUUUUUAUUUUUAAUUGUAUCGUUGUUAAAUAUUGUUUAUUGUAAAAAAAUUUAAAACGCACAUUUAAAGAACUUUACAUUAACUAUCAUCCCAUGCAUACUUUUUUGAUAUAUUAUGCCCAUUAUAGUCAUUAGUCGUAUAUAAUUUAUUUUAAGAUAAUGUUUAAAAUUUUAA